GAUUGCACCAAUUAUUCGAGGAGACGUUUCUGUGGAGCAAACAUUAACGACACAAGUUUACGAGAUAAUCAUUUACAAAAAAGACAAGAGUGUGAAGUAGGCGACAGGCGGCCAUCGCGACCUCAUUGUGUGUGUGUGUGUGUGCGUGUGUGUGUGUGUGCGUGUGUGUGCGUGUGUGUGUGUGUGUGUGUGCGCGUGUGUGUGUGCGCGUGUGUUACGUAAUCCUCCACGCAGCACGCACGUCGGGGCGUGGGUGUGUGAAGAGAACGACGCACCCGGAAACACACGCACAGAAGAGCGCGAUCGGAGACUUCACUGACGUCGGUUAGUCGCUCUGUUUUCAUCUGUCGACCACGAGCACGAGCGAUAUCUUUCAGAUUGCCAAGAUGGUUGUGCUAUCUAAAGAUUAUGGAUAUGUGGUGUUGACUGGUGUUGCUAGUAUGGUGAUGAUUGGACAUCUGGCCAUGAAAGUUGGCAAAGCCCGCAAGAAGUACAACGUACAGUAUCCUCAGAUGUACAGUAACGACCCAGAAACUGGAAACAUUUUUAACUGCAUCCAGCGUUCGCACCAAAACACCUUGGAGGUCUACCCCGCCUUUCUUUUCUGCCUCGCAGUCGGUGGGGCCCACAAUCCUCGUCUCGCUAGUGGACUUGGAGCUAUAUGGAUCAUAAGCAGAGAGGUGUACGCACAUGGGUACUCUUCAGGGGAUCCUAAAAAAAGAAUGCGGGGAGCGUUUGGGAACGUGGCUCUGCUCGGCAUGAUGCUGUCCACAGCGUGCUUCGGCCGCACCCUGCUUGGCUGGACUGGACCACGGAUAUAUCCCUUCCGUCACAGUGAAUGUUGCUAAUGAGAAUGAAGUCUUCAGGACCCAGUCAUUCACUUUAUGAUAACAUGCUAACCUCUGACCAAUUCAACACGUGAAGCCAGGUGAAGGUUAUGUUAAGUGCCCCGACUGGUUCUCCAAUGAGGAAAAAAAAACUCAUAUCGGAUCAUGGCUGAUUUCUGAAGUAGUUGGCCA